AAAAAAGAGAGAGAGAAAAGACGAGAAAUGGCGAGAAGGAAUAAGGAGAGAGCUAUUCACCGCCGAUUUGUUUACGGCCGCUUCAAGCUGACCACGACGGUUGGCAAAAAUUCCACGCAGAUCCGCAAUUGGGUCGGCGUUGGCGGAAAAAGUCGGAAGGCAGCGGCGGCAAAAGGCACCUUGGUCGUCGGCUUCUCGAUUCAACAUUCGAGAGGAGAACCGCACUCUCUUACCUUUGCUGUGGGUAGAAAGAUCUUGGUAGUUGAUCUGAAGAGCACACAGUACAUUCCAGAGAAUCUCAAGAGUAUGCUAAAGAAAUCUUUGGUCGUCGGAUGUGGCAUGAGUGACAACCUCGAAAUCAUCAAGUCUCUCCGUAGUCGUGUUUAUUGUCCAUUCGUCGAGGAUUUGGGUUUGAAGCUGAACAGUGUCGUUCCCGGUUUGAACCGAUCUGCUGCCUUAGGAAGAACCAGAAGAGGUAAUGUCUCGGUAGAAGGUGCACGUGUCGCCGCGUUGGAGGCUUUCGCUUGCUCUCUGAAGGCCAAAGAGUGGCUUGGCAUGCCGAUGCCGAUCUAAGCUAUGUAUUUCUCUGAAGUUUCUGGUUCAUUUGCUAUGUCUCUACUCUACGUUUGGUUCGUGUGUUGCUUUCUGCACUUUUUAUGUAUUUCGCUUACUUGAUCUGGUUCAUCUUUG